AUGAUAUACUUUAGGGCUAUUAGACCGUUACAAUGCAGUUUAUUGAGAGUCAAUAGGGGAUUAUGUACGCGAGGCAUAUUUAGUACUCCAUAUCCAAAUUAUACUGGAAAAUUGGCGUUUCAAAAUAUAAUAUUGCCCCAGAUACGGCAUUAUAGUAAGCUGAAUCAAGACGGUAAUGAGAAUAAUAUUUCGGAAGAAUAUAAAAAGCACGUUGCAGAUAAUAAGACAAGCAGAAAUGAGUUUUUGGGUGAAUCAGAAUCAACUUCAGGAAAGACUGACCCACAACGAAAAGCAAAUAUAGAUAAAGCCACACAUGAGGUAAAACCAGUUACCAGAGAACAAUUAUUGUCUAAGGCAACCAACUUUUUUUCAAGAAUGAGGAUUCGUUUAAAAUGGAUGCUUAAAAAAUCAAAUAGGCCGUUCAAUACAGAUGACUAUUCUGCUGUUUUUUCAUGGUUAGUUAUGGGUAAUGUGUUAUUAUUCUUUUUGGCCACAACUACGUUCUUCUCGUUGGUUAUAUUCACUAUUAACACUGUAUUUGCUCAGGAAUUUGUGGCCCGGAAGAUGGGUGAGUUUAUUACGAAGAACUCCAAUUUAACUGUUACAUUUGAAAGUGCUGUCGUUCCUGGAUGGUCUGAUGGUAGAAUAAGUUUCAGGAAGUGCUUUGUCAGUAGAAGGCCUAAACUGUCAACCAAAUUUACCAAAGGAUCGCAGGCAGAAGCAUACGCCGCAAGUGUCCAUGGCUCCAACGAUACACCCGAAGAUGAAGUAUACGAUGACGGAAACUAUACGCAAUACGAUCUAACAAUAGAAGAAGUAAAUAUUUCAUUAUCGUUCAAUAAAUGGGUCAAUGGUACGGGCAUGGUUGAAAACCUAGAGAUAAAGGGUUUAAGGGGAGUUGUUGAUCGUGGCCAUGUUCAUUGGGAUCUAGAUGACGACGCAACGAAUUACAAGAAUGUUUAUCAGCCGGGUGAUUUCGAGAUAAAUGAAUUCAAGAUGGAAGACGUGCUUUUCAAGUUAAUACAACCUAGCGGAUUCAGGCAUUUUGACGUAGCAAUUUAUAAUUGCGAAUUAUCUAAACUAAGAAAGCAUUGGCUAUUCUAUGACUUUUUGAAUGCAAAUAUCAUGAGUGGAUCUUACGAUAAUGCAUUAUUUACUGUACACAAGAAACAAAGAUUAGAUGACUUCAAUAAGGAUCACUCUAAAGAUGAGAUGUCCGAUACUUGGAAACGUAUUACAAGACUCAGAGUAGAUUCGUUAGAAAUUGAUCAUUUAAAUACUGGAUUGGAAGGACCGUUUGGUUGGAUUACAAGUGGAAAAGUUGACAUGAUUGGUGAUGUCAUGGUACCACAAGACAACAAAGACUUAAAUAUGAGUGAGUUAGUCACAAUUAUUGCAGAAUCAAUAAAAAAAGAAGCCAACAGAUACCGUAAUCCUGAAGUUCCUAAGAAAAGUCUGCAUCCAGAUCACCACAUGAGAUUGACCAGUAGCGAUUAUACGGAUAUUCUGAAAUAUUUCGUAUUGGAUUUGACGAUUAGAUUGAAUAAUGUCAGAGCAACUGUACCAUUUCAGACUCCCGAAUUGUCUUACAUAAACUACGCGUUGAUUAGACCUAUUGUUGCAUAUAUUAACUCCAAGAACACGUUUAUUGAGGUUAAGAGUAGGAUUGUCAAAAAUAUAGCCGAUUUUAGUGGAUCAUGGACGGUCUAUGAUUCACUUUUAAUGGAUGACAUUUCGGAAGAAGUCUACGAUAACUUUGUUGAUUAUGUUGCGGACGAAGAAGCAAGAGUGGCCAGAAUGAAAAAAGUUGGGUUUUGGUCUAUACAAUUACUUUUCCAAGUCAUAGUAUUCGGUUUGGGUGCCCUUACCUGA